AAUGUCACAACAUAUUAACAGUCCGAUUCAUUUGCUUCGUCAAGCAUUAAAAAAAUGCUUACGCUUUCGGGAGUCCCAACUCUCAACUCUCAACUCUCAACUGCAACUUAAUAAGUCUGGAAAGUGGGAACAAGAGAGCGUCGUCAGUCGUCAGUAAGUCGGUCUCUGUGCUUUCAACUCUGAAGCUCUCCUUCUCUCUCUGAUUCUGAGUCUUCCAGAUCUACUACUUUCACCUCAACUUUCAGAGAUAAACCCUAUUAUCCUGAACCACGUGUCCGACAUGCGGGUGGCAGUGGUCGGCGCAGGGAUCAGUGGCCUGGUUUCGGCUUAUGUCCUUGCCAACGCCGGAGUUGAUGUGGUACUUUACGAGAAGGAGGACUAUCUGGGCGGCCAUUCCAGAACUGUUACGAUCGACGGUCUUGAUUUGGACCUUGGCUUCAUGGUCUUCAAUCGCGUAACGUAUCCAAAUAUGAUGGAGUUCUUCGAGAGUCUAGGAGUUGAAAUGGAAACAUCAGACAUGUCAUUCUCAGUGAGUCUUGACAAGGGUCAUGACUAUGAGUGGGGUAGUCGUAAUGGGUUGGCAAGUUUGUUUGCACAGAAGACCAACGCCUUAAAUCCCUACUUCUGGAAAAUGCUCCGGGAAAUAAUCAAAUUCAAGGAAGAUGUUUUCAAAUACCUAGAAGAGCUUGAGAACAACCCUGACCUUGACCGCAAUGAAACCUUGGGGCAUUUCAUUGAGUCACAUGGUUAUUCGGAAUUGUUUGAGAAAGCUUAUCUUGCUCCAAUGUGUGCUUCAAUCUGGUCUUGCUCCUCAGAAGGAGCUAUGGGCUUUUCAGCUUUCUCAGUUCUUUCAUUUUGCCGCAAUCAUCAUCUUCUUCAGCUCUUUGGCCGUCCACAGUGGCUUACUGUAAAAUGGCGUUCACAUGCUUAUGUCAACAAGGUUCAAGAAGAGCUCGAAAAAAGAAAUUGUGAAAUAAAAACAGGAUAUGCUGUGCAGUCCGUCUCGACAUUUGAUGGGGGUUGCACCGUAAUUGGUGAAGAUGGUUCACAAGAUACAUACAAUGGGUGCGUAAUCGCUGUCCAUGCACCAGAUGCAUUGACUAUGUUAGGAACAGAAGCAACAUAUGAGGAAAGGAGAGUACUUGGUGCUUUUCAGUAUGCUUACAGUGAUAUUUACCUUCAUCGUGACAAAAAAUUAAUGCCCCAAAAUCCAACAGCAUGGAGUGCAUGGAAUUUUCUUGGGACCACUGACAACAAAGUAUGUCUCACAUAUUGGCUCAAUGUUCUUCAGAAUAUUGGUGAAACCAGUCUACCUUUCCUUGUGACUUUGAAUCCACCUUAUAUACCUGAGCAUAACAUACUUAAGUGGUCUACUAGCCAUCCUGUGCCAUCAGUUGCUGCAUCUAAUGCUUCACUUGAGCUUGAUGAAAUCCAAGGAAAGAGAGGAAUAUGGUUUUGUGGAGCAUACCAGGGCUAUGGUUUCCAUGAGGAUGGAUUGAAGGCUGGCAUGGUUGCUGCACAUACUUUUCUUGGAAAGAACUGUGCUGUUCUGAAAAACCCAGAACAGAUGGUACCUUCUCUGGCAGAAACAGGAGCACGUCUUAUUGUAACUAGGUUCCUUAGACACUAUAUAUCUGCAGGAUGCCUAAUGUUAUUGGAGGAAGGAGGUACAGUUUUUACUUUUGAAGGAAGCAACAAAAAGUGUCCUCUAAAAUGUGUCCUGAAGGUUCAUAAUCCCCAGUUUUACUGGAAGGUUGCCACAGAGGCUGAUAUAGGUCUUGCUGAUGCAUACAUCAAUGGUGAUUUUUCUUUUGUUGACAAGGAAGAAGGUCUUUUGAAUUUGUUUAUGAUUUUUAUUGCCAAUAGGAAUUUGGAUUCUUCUGAUGCAAGGAAUAACAAUAGAAGGGGUUGGUGGACACCGUUGUUUUUGACAGCUGCAAUUGCAUCUGCAAAGUACUUCUUUUGGCAUAUUUCAAGGCAAAAUACUCUCACGCAAGCUCGCAGAAACAUCUCUCGUCAUUAUGAUCUGAGUAAUGACCUCUUUGCCCUGUUCUUGGACAAAACAAUGACAUACUCAUGUGCAAUAUUUAAGGCAGAGAAUGAAGAUUUAAAGGUCGCACAGCUGAGGAAAAUCUCUGUCCUCAUUGAAAAAGCAAGAAUUGAAAGAAACCAUGAAAUUCUUGAGAUCGGAUGUGGUUGGGGUAGCUUGGCAAUAGAGGUUGUGAAGCAAACUGGAUGCAAAUACACAGGCAUCACCCUAUCUGAGGAGCAACUGAAAUAUGCUGAACAGAGAGUAAAAGAAGCAGGACUACAGGACCACAUCAAAUUUCUCCUCUGUGAUUAUCGCCAAUUGCCAUACUCUCACAAGUAUGACAGGAUUAUAUCAUGUGAGAUGCUAGAAGCAGUAGGCCAUGAAUAUAUGGAGGAGUUUUUGGGCUGUUGUGAAUCAGUGUUGGCAGAAAAUGGCCUUCUUGUUCUACAGUUUAUAUCAAUACCAGAUGAACGAUAUGAUGAGUACAGGCGAAGCUCAGAUUUUAUUAAGGAAUACAUUUUUCCUGGUGGAUGCAUUCCUUCAUUGUCUAGAGUUACAUCAGCCAUGGCCUCUGCAUCCAGACUCUGUGUGGAGCACCUGGAGAAUAUAGGAAUACAUUACUAUCAAACGCUGAUAUAUUGGAGGAAUAGUUUCAUGGAAAAGCAGAGUGAGAUUCUUGCAUUAGGAUUUGACGAGAAGUUCAUCCGGACAUGGGAGUAUUAUUUUAUAUACUGUGCAGCUGGUUUUAGGUCACGUACACUGGGAAACUACCAGAUUGUAUUUUCAAGACCAGGCAACCUCACUGCAUUCAGCGAUCCAUACAAAGGUCUGCCAUCAGCAUUUUAAGCCUCCCCUCGGAGUUGUACUGACAGGUAAAGCCCAGUUGCUGUAUCUCCAAUAUUUAUUAUUUCUCUCAAAAGCAGAGCAGACCGACCUGUUAAGGCCAGUAGAACUAUGUCCACUAAUUUUCUUACAUUAUUAAUCACCAAUAACUCCAAGAAUGUAUUCAAGGAUUGUUUUCUCGAA